CCCCCCGCCCCGCCCCCCUCGCUCCCCCCCAACACACACACCCCGGCGAUGGUGGAGCAAAAGCGGAGGAGGAGCAGCGCGGCGCUUCACUCGACAGCAUCAGCCCCGCAGAGAGGAGCUCCACUCCCGCUACGGCUCGCCGCCACCUCCCGCCUUUUUGAUUUUUGUUCCGAGGAGGAUAAUUGCGUUUCUGGUGGCCGCCCCGUGGGAUCAUGGGAUAUAUGACCUCAUCAUUCACCUGCGAGCCUCUACACUCAGCAUAGACGUGCAAUGGACCCAGCAGCAGCAGUCCAGACGGACCACGCCCGCCACGUGACGUCGUAUGACGUCACCGGCAGCCCGCCGGCGACGCCCCGCCCCUCCCGCGAGGACGGCGAUCAGACGGCGGCGCAGAAAAGAGUUAAGGCCAAAGGCAAGCUAGUGCGCAGCGUGGCCGUGUGCGACGACGAAUACGCCAAGGAAGAAGACGUUCAGACGCCGCCGGACGACGGCGGCGAAAUUGGCGGCGCUUCCUGUCGGGAGGAGGAAGUGGAGAAGACGAGCCCGCUUUCCAAAGUGCAAAAGAUGCUAGAGAGCGGCGGCAGCAGCGUGUCGUACCGCGACUCGACGGGCGUGGACCUCCAUCGCUUCAUCGUGGACACGCUGAACAGCAACCCGAGAGACCGCAUGAUGAUGCUCAAACUGGAGCAGGACAUGGUCACCUUCAUCACGGGAGACAGCGCGUUCAAGAAGUUCCCGCACAUGUCGUCGUACCACCGCAUGCUGGUGCACCGCGUGGCCGCGUUCUUCGGCAUGGAGCACAACGUGGACCAGACGGGAAAGUCGGUCAUCAUCAACCGCACCAGCAGCACGCGCAUACCCGAGCAACGUUUCCUGGAUCAGGUUCAGGAGGACAAGGCCACGGAGAUCCAACACUGGAAAACCAUUUUGAAGCGCGACAGCAGCUCGGAUGAGCAGACGCGACGCUACACCUCGCGCGACAAACAAAACAAGUCUGUGGAGGAGCGAGAGGAAGAGUACCAAAGAGUGCGCGAGAAGAUCUUCAGCCAGGAGCAGCCUGUCUGCACACAGGAGGGCGGCCAUGUUGAGAGCAGGUCCGCCGCCGAGGAGUGCAACCCGUACGCCGAGACCCAGAGGAGAAGGCAGCUCUUCAGGGGGAGCCGCGACAGCUCGGGCUCCAGCUGGACGGGCGGCAGUCGGCACAGCAGCACCGACACCGACUGUCGCUACGGCAACGAGCCCCGGCCGUGGAGCAGCACCGACUCGGAUUCGUCCACGUACCGGCGGAGCGCCGAGCCCCGCCCCCCCCGCGCCGCCAAUCCCGGCCGGGAACCCCGCGGCGCAGCAGGCUCCGUCUCCCUCUUCAGGCUGCCCUGCGAGCCCGCCGCCACGGCCGAGCCCGCCCCCCACCCCGCCUACGUCCUGGACAACGGCAUCCCGCCGGGAAGCAUCCUGGUCAACCCGCACACCGGACAGCCUUUCCUGAACCCCGAUGGGAGUCCCGUGGUGUACAACCCGCCUUGCGCUCAGCAGCCAAUCAGGAGCCAGCCGCAGGCAGCGCCGGCACAGCAGCCGCCGCAGCAGGUGUACUCGUCCGUCGUGUACACGGCCCCGCAGAUGUUGCCCGUGGCUCCCUCGCAGCCCUUCGCCGCUGUUGAAGACCUGUCGCAGCAGUUCGCCCACGUGGCCGUCAGCUGUCAAUCGGCGGGGGAAGCCACGCCCCUUUACCCCGCCGCGCAAGGCUUCGGGUUCGCAGCUCCGCCCCCUGCCGCCCCACAGCAAGCUCCGAACCCCCACGGCUACUGCCAGCCCUCACCGCAGGUGCCUUCCUUCUACUACAGCCAGUAUCCUACCUCAGCGCAACAGUCGGCGAAGGCCGCCUCCCCCGGCUGCGCCGCAGGUUAUGCCCCCGUGGCGGGCGUCCCGCAGCAGCAGUCGUACGCGACCGUGACGCCGCACCACUGUAGCGUGCUUCAGGGUGCAGUGACCGUCUACCAACCCAGUAAAGUCGGCGAGGCGGGAUACUGCUGCGUGGUGGCCCCGGCGCCGCCCCCCCACUGCGGGCCCACCUGGACCGCAUAACACCGAUCUCACACACACACAUGCGCACGCGCACGGAUUUAAGGCAUGUUCACACAAAGCGCUCUCACGUUAACGCACUGUACCAAAGCUUCUUUGUACAUCUAGACAUUUCUAUAUAUUCAACACAAAGCUGCUGUAUUGAAUGCAUAAUUUAUACUAUACACACAAAAUGGAGUUUUAUAUUGAUAUGACUAUAUUGUGAUUGAUUGACGCCCAAAAAUGCACUGUGUGAAAACUGUGAAUAUAUUCAAUAAACGCACGUGGCGAGAUCGCGUUUUAUGGAUGCA